GUAUUUCUCACUUUCGGUAUGACAUUGAAUAUAUUCGUUUAUGGCAUAUUUGUCGGCGUUUUAUAUUUUUAAGUGAGUGAAUACAACAGCAAACAGUAUGCUGAGUGUGAGCCUGCAUCGCUGCUGUUAUUUAUAUCAAAUCUUGUAGAUUGUUUCGCGACAUGAAUUUAUGGUUGUGGCAGCAAAAGAAACACACAAAAUUGCAGCUUUGCUUUCCACUUACACACACACACUAAUUCUUAAAAAAUGUGGACAUGGUAAAUACAGAUACUUUUGCGUAUAGCAUGAAUAAAUGUGACUGCAAGCAACGUAACUGAUAGUAAUGCAGCUAGCUUCGUGUUUAUUGAUAUUCUUUAUUGCAAAUACUGUUAAAUUAAGACAUUGUGUUAAUACACCUGAAGUUGGACUUCGUCGCCAUGAACGUGAUAUGAAACUUGAUCCGAAUCAAAGAGGACUUUAUAUAGAUUAUGGCUAUAGUGAAAGUCCAAUCGGUAGUUUACCACCACAAGGAAUAUUUGAAUCACCUCAACCAAAUCAACCACCUGCACGUCGAACCUACGAGAAGAAACAUAGAAGCAUGGUACGGAGAAAGAAAAGACAUGGAAUGAGAAGGUUGACAGCAGGUUUUCGAGGAGAUAGCGAUGAUGAUGACGAGGACGAAGACGAGGACGACGAUUAUAAUGAUAAUGACGAUGAGGAUGAUGAUGAGGGUGAGGAUGAAUACAAAGCAGGGAAAAGGGCCUACAUGUUGCAGAUGCGUAGAAUGCAGAUGGAACGUGCAAUGGAGCGAAAUGCGUUAGGUAAUGAAGUAAUGAGAACAAAAGCUCUGGCUAAUUCUCAUAUCACCAGUCUUCAGAUGCAUAACAUGAUUUUAAAAAAUGAACUGCAACAAUACACAGCUGCCAAACAAAUGGUAGACCACAUGGACAAUGAGAAUGAACCAAGGAUUAAAUCAGAAUUUCAAAAUAUGAUUGAUCGAGAUGAGUUACACCGCGUUGCUUUAGCAAAUUCACAUGAGCAAAAUAUCAAUGUUGAUACCUCGAUGCUAAAUCACGAUAGGUCAAUUCUCGCGUCUAAAGCUCAAGAAUUGAGCAUUGCUUCACAUCAAAACGAUAUAAAUCAAGAAAUUACAAAUAAAUUGGAUGAACUUUACCAAACACCAAAUCACCAAAGUUUUCAAGGUUAUGAACAAAUUCAACCAAACUCGUACAGUGAAAAUAUCCAUGGGCCACAGUUUUCUUCCAACACAGCAAGCCAAAUGUCAACUCUUGGAUCAGUCUUAAACAAUCAGAUCCCUACGAAUAAUAUACAAAAUAGGCAACAAAGCGGGGUAAUGUAUCCACCUGUGAUACCAUACCAUAAUGAUCCCAACUCAAUGGAAGGAACACAACGAAACAUCUUAGGACAACCAAGUUACAUAGAUAACAGUGGUUUACAUUUGCAGGCUCAGUUAGGUUUACUGGAAAACAGUGCUUCAAAAGCUCAAAAUCUAUAUAACAUUUUUUACAAGAAUGACCAAAGUGUGGUUGGAAAUACUUUAGAAGGACAUCAAUUAAACAACAUAGAUUUUGAUUACCCUCCACAAGAACCGCUUAACAAUGGUGGCAUGGACACCUUAGCUCUCGCAAACUCAGACGUAAGUCCGUCGUUUAGACAUAAAAUACACCAUCGAAAAGCAAAAACGCACAAAAAAAAGAUGUUUAGCCUUGAUAAAGUGUUAAAAUCUAUAUCUCCACCAAGUAAGCCAAACUUGUUUAUUGAACCCAAUGAAGUAAAAACGCGAAAUAAUGCUAACAAAAUGUCAGAGCUACCUAUAGCUAUACAGAAUAAAACUAACAUAGAUCUUUCCAACAAAACACAUCCUUUAACAAAUGCAAUCAAGAAAAUUGAUGAUUUGGUAGAUACCUUAGUAACUAUGGAUACCAAACAACGGUCUCUUCAGGCCGAUGCGAAGCAAGACAAGGAAAAAGAUUCGAAAGACAUUCAGCGAGUAACUGCAAAUACAUUCGAUCUGCUGGACACGUUAAUGACUAUCAAUCCACACAAAAAAUCUAAGGGAAACCUUCAUAAUCUUACUGGUGAAAAUAGUUAUCCCUCAGUUGUCAUUAAUAAUUCCAGCAUAAACAUUAACCCAUUACCGCAGAACAAGGAGAAAAAUGCGAAUAAAAAACAUGAAGCUGAGACCAGAACUAAAGAAAACGGUGAAAAUAUGGAAAGCUUAACUCCAAAUGAAGGUAGUGGCCUAGAAAAAGCUACAGGUGAUUUGAUUAAAAGCUCAGAAGAUGCAUAUACUCCAAAUCUAAACAAUGAUUCUCAGCUUAAUAACCAUACGGGGGAUCUGUCAAACAAACCAAUUUUGAGCAUAUCCACACAGUUAGGUCCCACAAAUAAAAACUUAAAAGUUCUUACCCAAAUUUACGAUAAGGACUUGGAAAACACAAAACUGGAAACAAAAGAUAAAAAUGCCCAACCAGAAACGAAAAACGAAUUUCCAAAACAUGAUGAAGUAGAGACAACAUCGGAAACGCUUCUUAAAAAACAAGAAUCAGUAAGAAAAAAAGCGGUCCAAGCUUACAUGAUGCGAGAAAAAAUAAAACAAAAUUUUAAAAAUUAUAAAGACCUUGUUUCGGAAGUCAAAAAAGAAAGUAAGUCAAUAGGAGAGAUUGAACCACAAUCGAAAUUCGUUUCAAACUAUUUAGAAAACGAGCCUGUUAUUGGUAGUAAGAAAUCCUACAAGACACAGAAAAAAUUGAAACCGAAUCAGAACACGUGGGUUUUGAACGUUGAUCAGGAAGAUGAACACAGAAAAUAAUUUAUUUAUUUAUUUGUUUAUUUUCUAGUUCUGUUUCCCAUAGCGUACGUAAUUGUUUUUAUAUUGUAAAUAUAGAUACUAAAUAUGCCUUCAAACGUUCUUUGAUACUAUUUUAA